ACGGUCGGCGUUGACGGAGGUGGACUGGCGUCCCCGGGGUGACGGCGACCCGCCGGAGACGCCCGAGAUGGAAACCUUGUCUUUCCCCAGAUACAAUGUAGCCGAGAUCGUGACUCACGUUCGAAACAAGAUCUUAACGGGGGCUGACGGCAAAAACCUCUCCAAGAGCGAUCUUUAUCCCAACCCUAAGCCCGAGGUCCUGCACAUGAUCUACCUGCGGGCCCUGCAGAUCGUGUACGGCACGCGCCUGGAGCACUUCUACAUGAUGCCGGUGAACUCGGACGUCAUGUAUCCACAUUUGAUGGAAGGCUUCCUGCCGGUCAGCAACCUCUUCAUUUACCUGAACUCGUUCCUGCCCAUCUGCCGCGUGAACGACUUCGAGACGGCCGACAUCCUGUACCCGAAAGCCAAGCGGACCUGCCGGUUUCUGAGUGGCAUCAUCAACUUCAUCCACUUCCGGGAGGCGUGCCGGGAGACGUACAUGGAGUUCCUCUGGCAAUACAAAUCUUCUGUGGACAAAAUGCAGCAGUUAAACACGGCGCAUCAGGAGGCUCUCGCGAAGCUGGAGAAACUCGAUUCUGUCCCAGCCGAGGAGCAGGCGGAGUUCCAGCAGCUGUCGGACGAGAUCCAGGAGCUGCAGCAGCUGCUGAACCAGGACUUCCGGCAGAAGACGAUGUCGGUGCAGGAGAGAAACGCCCAGAAGAAGGCAGACAUCUUGGAGAAAACCAAGCACUUGAAUGAACUGAAAUUGUCGGUGGUCUCUUUGAAAGAAGUACAAGAGAGUUUGAAAACCAAAAUUGUGGAUUCUCCAGAGAAGUUAAAGAAUUAUAAAGAAAAAAUGAAAGACACAGUCCAGAAGCUUAAAAAUUCCAGGCAAGAGGUGAUGGAGAAGUACGAGCUCUACCGCGACUCGGUGGACGGCCUGCCGUCCUGCCAGCUGGAGGUGCAGCUGUACCAGAAGAAGAUACAGGACCUGGCGGAGGACCGGGAGAGGCUGGCCGGCGUCCUGAAGGAGAACCUGAGCUUGGAGGACCAGAUUGAGAGCGGCGAGUCGGAGCUGAAGAAGCUGAAGGCCGAAGAAAACUCCUUGCGAAGACUGAUGAACGCGAAGAAGGAAAAGCUGGCCACGGUGCAGUUCAAAAUCAACAAGAAGCACGAGGACGUGAAGCAGUACAAACGCACGGUGAUCGAAGAUUGCAAUAAAGUUCAGGAAAAAAGAGGUGCUGUCUAUGAGCGAAUAACCACAAUUAAUCAAGAAAUCCAAAAAAUUAAAUUUGCAAUCCAGCAACUAAAAGAUACCACUGAGAGGGAGAAACUGAAGUCCCAGGAAAUAUUCCUGGCCUUGAAGGGGGCUUUGGAGAAGUACCACGAGGGCGUGGAGAAGGCUGCGCAGGAAGGCCGCGCCGAGCUGCAGGAGAGGACCGCCGAGCUGCAGAAGAGGGUGCUCCGGCUGCCGACCUGA